GUACUGUUUUUGGCGACUUGCUUCAUGGUUGCCAACGCGAGCAGAACAAGGUCACUGUGAAACACGGAAAAGAACAAAGACCACGAUGCCUUAUUUCAACAAACACGGCUGCCCUCUCCUUGUCCCUUUCGUCCUUCCAAUGCCUCAGCCUGAAAGUCUCUUUAUUCACUAUCUUCUCUCCUGGGCAUUCACCCGUCGCUCUCCCUGUUUCUUCUACAGGCUUCCCUUGGACGUCUUGCUUUAUACUUUAUUUCCUUAUCUCUCUGUAGGAGACGUCGUUGCUCUCCGCAAGGCUAGCAAGCCCUUGUUCCUGCUCUCCCAAGAACCGUCAAUAUGGAGGCGUUUCCUCAGUCGACUAGAUAUCCCGACACCACCACUGCCCUAUUUCACCCCCUACACAGUCCAGUCCACUGACCUCAAAAUCGAACAAAUGGUCGCCACAGCCAUUUCCGUCAAUCGCAACUGGGAAAAGCCAGAUCCUGAACUAGUCAGCUAUUUUCGUGUCAGAUCCGGCUGCAAAAUUUUGGACAUGUACGUUCUCCCUGGGGGCCAAUAUGUCGCCUCCUCGUCGUUUGACUAUCGUGCCGGGUAUCGCGUUAUGGUUUCCAAUGUGGAGCUUCCCAGUAACGAAGGGUUGUUCGCUCUGGCCAGCAUUUCUACCCUGGCCCGGCCAGAGUAUCUUCAGGCGCGGUACAUGGUGCACAACAAUAAACCGGGUAUCAUGGUCUGGUUUGUCGUGAAAUCUAAAGUCGGAAAGAGUCUUGACGGGUCCGAUAUGCUUGACCCAUCGACUCGACGCGUCGGAUACACGUGUCAUUUUGCCCACAUCAGUCUCGAGUCUCUCUCGAAUCUUGUAAUGACCGAGCUACCACGUCCGAUGCCACUGGAAGUCAGCCUCGACUAUCGGAAUAGAGCAAUUGAUCCAUCCCACUCCCAACCAGGUAGUCCGGGCGCCCCAGCGCCAAGUGAUAACAUCACAACAUCCGCGCCGUUCACGCUGCUGCGACCAUACACCUUCCGCGACCCUAUUCAUGAUCCCGUCCUAUUCACGUCGAACGGUUCGCUGUAUCUGACUUUGGCCAUCCUUCCCGAUGAGGUUGUCAUAAUCAAUCUAGACACCCAGGAAGCUCGUUCUUUCAUAUGUAACAACGAUACGCCUUAUUCUGGUUUUGAUCAUCAGAUACGCGCUGUCCGAGUGCUCCCAGAGCAGGGUGACGUUCUGGUAAUCCGCACAGUGAUCAAUGGGCUAAACGACGUUCAUGUGAUGGAAAUAUACUCCUUACCGCCAUCGACCGGAAGAUUUCGCGGUUCUGCCAAGCACCGCGUUGUCGUGGAACACAAACAAGUUGACAGUUUUCAACUUUCCGACCCAUAUAACCAGGAAUAUCCUAGUUCCAGUGCACCACCGCCAAUCUCCGUAUAUCUUGAAACUACCAACCCCCAUGGAGUAAUUCAUUAUACGAUAUCCCCCUCUUUGUAUUCUGCAGCUGGGACAUCUCAUCAAUGGUGGUGUUACGAUCUCAAUAACGUAGUACCUCAAACGACUUUUAACGCCGAACAAGUCGUUCGGGUUCUUCCUGGCGUGAAUCGUGCAAUUAUAUGCACGCUACAUCCCGACGAGAACCAUCAAGCUACCAACUACCUUACCGCCAUUCGACGAUAUUUCAAUCCCGAAAAGCGGUUCGACGAUCUCCUGUCCUCUGUUGGCAAAGAUCUUAUCCCUUCGAAGCAGUCUUGUCGGUGGAGGCCGAAACAUGUAUACCGUACUUUCAACAUCUCACCCCAUAUCAUGGAAAACCUCAAUCGGCAAGAUAUCACUGCGUUUGCGUGGGACGAGACCACGGGCCGGAUGUGUUUUGCGACGCGGAACGACAUGCAUAUGCAUGUUUUUGACUUCGGUUCCACUGCUCUGCCGCGAGACCACAUCGGCCGAUGGAAUUCUCUCAAGCGUAUCCUUCGCAUUGAUCAGCCCAGUCACGGAGCUCCGGAAUCACCUCACUCGGAUGCUGAGAUGGCAGCAGUGGAAGAAUUGUUGGAACCAGACAACCUGUGCAUCUAAUUCACAUCUUUCUUGGUAUGCUGUGCCUUAUAUAUAUAUUUUUUUGCUUUGCAGGCCGUCCAUACGGGAUUCAUUCUUCUUUUUUUUGCCUU